AUGGAUAAAAGUUGGAUGCUGCUAGGGAGGGAGGACCCUCUAUAUAUAAUGGGAAUCUAUAAUUUUGUGAACUAUGCAAGAAACCAGGGUAAUGGAGCUGAAUGGUACAAGUGUCCGUGUAGAAUGUGUUGUUGCAACGAGUAUGUAACUGAUUCAGUUAUGUAUCAGCACUUGUCACAUUAUGGUAUGUGGCAGAGUUAUACAACAUGGACAGACCAUGGUGAAGUAGCUACUUAUCCUACCACAGUUGAAUUCCAAGCAAGUUACAGUCAUCAGGCUGGGACAUCUAGUGGUAUUGGCGGCCUUUCUAUGGACCCCACUAUGAACAUGCUAGUUGAUAAUUUUCCAUAUGUUUCGAGAUAUGAUCAAGCUGAGGAAUUUGAUGUACCCAUUGACACUAGUGAUUUUGAUAAGUAUAAGAGAUUGCUCACGCAAGCGCAAACCCCAUUGUACCCUGGUUGUUCAGAGACUGUUUUGAGUGCCUUGAUGUCACAAAUGCAGUUAAAAGUGAGGCAUAAAUGGUCGAAUGUCAGUUAUGAUGAAAAUUGUCAGUAUAUUAAGCGUUUGUUGCACCCAGAAAACUUACUUCCUGACAGUUAUUAUAAGACAAAAAAGAUUCUUGAUGGCCUCGGCCUCGAGUAUGUGAAAAUAGACGCAUGCAAAUAUAACUGUGAAUUGUUUUAUGGAGAUUAUAAAGAUUAUGAUGAAUGUCCAGUGUGCAAUGAAUCUCGAUGGAAAGCAUCGUCUCUGUAUCAAAGGAAAAAGGUCCCUGUGAAGGUGCUUCGUUAUUUCCCAUUGACACCUAGGUUGCAACGUUUAUACAUGGCCUCGCACACUGCAGAGGCGAUGAGAUGGCAUGGGAGGGCAAGGGAUGAUGAUGAUGAUGAUGAUGUUCUCAAACACCCUUCUGAUGGUGAGGCUUGGAAACAUUUUGAUAGACAGUUUCCUGAUUUUCCAGCAGAUGUUCGAAAUGUAAGGCUCGGACUCAGCACAGACGGGUUCAAUCCUUGGGGAAACAUGAGCUCUACUCAUAGUACUUGGCCAGUUAUUGUUGUGCCAUACAAUUUGCCUCCUUGGAUGUGUAUGAAGAAGGAAUUCAAUAUACUGACUUUGUUGAUCCCAGGUCCCAAGUCCCCGGGAAAGUGUCUAGAUGUGUACUUGAGACCAUUGAUUGAUGAGCUGAAAGAUCUAUGGAAUAAUGGAAAGGCAACUUUUGACAGGCAUAGUCAGUCUUCUUUCAGAAUGAGAGCAGCAAUUAUGUGGACUAUCAGUGAUUUUCCUGCUUACGGGAUGUUGUCUUCUCAAACCACGCACGGGUACAAGGCUUGUCCUGUCUGCUUGGACAAUGUUAAUUCUAGCUGGCAUGCUGGUAAGGUGUGUUACAUGGGUCACCGAAGAUGGCUUCCAGUUGAUCACGAAUGGCGGUUUGAUGCAUCUGCAUUCGAUGGUACUGAAGAGUGGGAUACAGAGCCCCAGAAGUGGUCUGGAGAUGAAGUUUUGGACAAGAUGAACUCUUUCGAUUUUGGACCGCUUAGCGGUAAUCCUAAAAUAAAAAAAAUAAAACGCCCAAAGCAUCUUGCGUGUUGGCAACAUAAGAGUAUAUUCUUUGAAUUGCCUUACUGGUCAAAAUCGAUACAUAGAAACAGCUUAGAUGUCAUGCACAUAGAGAAGAAUGUAAGCGACAGCGUUGUGGGAACAACUCUGGAUCUUAAAGAUAAGACAAAGGAUAAUAUCAAAGCUCGGGUGGAUUUGGAAAAUAUGGGCUUGCGUGAACACUUGUGGUUAAAAAAGACGGGGACAAAAGUGGAAAUGCCUAUUGCACCUUACGAGGUGAAGCCGUCUUUAAAACCUUGGGUUUUCAAGUGGUUUCAUGAUGUUAAAUAUCCUCAAGGGUAUGCAGCAAAUAUAGCGCGAUGUGUUAAGGUGGAGGAACAAAAGAUAAUUGGGUUGAAGACUCAUGACAGUCAUGUUUUAAUGCAACGACUUCUUCCAGUGGUAAUUAGACCGUAUCUGCAUUUUGAUGUAGUAGAGCCAUUAGUAGCCUUGUCCAGCUGGUGGCAAAAGUUAUGCACUAGAGAAGUGAAGAAGUCAGAUCUCUUAAAAUUGAAAGAAGAGAUUGUAUACAUCCUUUGCAAAUUAGAGAGGAUUUUUCCCCCUGCCUUUUUUGAUAUCAUGGUUCACCUCAUGGUCCACCUUCCCGACCAAGUUCUGCUUACUGGCCCAGUACACUAUACCUGGAUGUUUCCCAUAGAAAGACAACUUGGGGAUUAUAAAGGUUAUGUCAGAAAUCGAGCGAACCCAGAAGGUUCCAUUACAACUGCGUACAUUUCACACGAGUGUAUGAGAAAGUUACAACGAGAAAACAGUCAGUUGUACUCCCCACAGAUGCAACAUUUGGCCAGUAUGCCACAAUCACAUAAUGUAUAUGCGGCUUGUGUAGUGAACGGCGUAAGGUUUCUGACAGAAUUUUUAGAUCAAGGGAAGAAGACACAAAACUGUGGCGUCAUGGUAGAGGAUAAGAAUGGAGGACCACCAUACUAUGGGGUCCUUGUUUCUGUUAUUGAACUACUGUAUGGAUCUCGUAUGCCGGUUGUUUUGUUUAAGUGUAGAUGGUUCAAUACUGACCCAAGUGUUCGGAGGAGUACCAGAUUGGAUCAUGGCCUAUUAUCAGUGAAUACACACACAAGCUGGUAUGAAAAUGAGCCAUUUAUUCUUGCAACCAUGGCAAAACAAGUGUUCUAUCUUGAUGAUCCGAAAUUGGGCCGCGGUUGGAAAGUGGUAAACAUGAUGUCACACAGAAAUAUUUUUGAUGCAAGAACACUUGCACAGGGUGUAGAGCAAGAUAUUGAUAAUAUGGCUAUUGAACCAUAUCAAGAGCCUUCUACCUCAGCCAUCCAUGUCACAAACAAUAUUUGCAUCAACAACGAGAUACACUUUCAAGCGUCUGAAUACGUUCCUAUAGAGUUUGAUUUCGAUCCUCUACCGUACAUUCCCCGCACAGAAGAAGACUUCAUUAAUGAUGAAGAUGAAAAUGACGAUGAGGAUGAAGAUGAGGAUGAGGACGCCGAUGAGGAUUAUGAAGAAAAUGAUUGA